AGUUUGCUUAAUAUGACGAAGUAUACUCAUCACCAUGUUGCAGUGUUUCUGCUUACAUUUUUAAGCUACGCAUUCUUUCAUGCAACAAGGAAAACAUUCAGAAAUGUUAAAUCUACAAUAUCUGAUGAGUGGAGUCCAUCUUAUCACAACAACACCAUUAACUUCACCAGGCCUGACAGGAUUUGGAACACCCGUCAUUUGUUUGACACAAGAAAAGAUGCGGAACCAUACUUAGGAAUUCUAGAUGCUGUGUUCAUGAUUUCAUAUGCUGUGGGUCUCUAUAUAAGUGGAAUGAUUGGAGAUAGAUUCAACAUGCGGUUGGUGCUCUCUUUUGGAAUGUGUUCAUCAGCAGUCACAGUGUUUCUCUUUGGAGUGGUAUUUGAGUGGGCACACUUCUACAACAAAUACGUCUACGUGAUCGUCUGGAUUCUGAAUGGCCUGCUACAGUCCAUGGGUUGGCCAACGGUGGUAGCCAUCAUGGGAAACUGGUUUGGAAAAUAUAG